CCCGGGUUUGCCCCUGCCCAGUAUCCCCUGUGGUCGCCGCUGCCCCGGAGGCAGCGGCCGUCCCGCCCGGAGCCCCGGCGCUCCAGCGCUCUCGGAGUGCCUGGAGCAUCGGCACGGCAGCGACUGCCCGGGUUCCUCACCGGAGUCCGUAAUAGGUGUUCUUGGAAAACGUUCUGGCACUUCAGAGCUGAAAAAGGACAUGAGGAGUAAAAGGACCCAGAAUCUCACUGGUCAGAAUGAAACAGAUGUUGAAAGAUUUUUCAAAUCUAUUGUUAGUAGUGCUCUGUGACUAUGUUCUCGGCGAAGUGGAGUAUCUCCUGUUGGAGCACCCGGAUCAUGUAGCCUUCAGCAAUGACACAGUGUCUGUGGAAUAUCAGUACUACAGUGGUGGUAAUGUGACAGCAGAGCCUGUGUCCAUCCUUUUACUGGAUGCCAGCACCAGUGAGAUAAUUGCAAGAAAAUUGCUUCCAGCAAAUCAGUCUCAGGGGACGGUGGCGUUUGAGUGUUUCCAUUUCAAGAGUGCUGGUGAUUUCUUGUUCAGAAUGGUCUCUCCCAGUGACAACAGCAGUGCUGCCCAAUGGAGCAGAAGCACUGUGUCCACCCUCCAUGUGGAAUGGCCUGUAUUUCACAUUGAUUUGAACAGGAGUUCAGAGGUGCUUGGGAGCUCCCUUCAGGUUGGACUUUUUACAAAUGAGCAGUUAUGCGCCAUGAACAAGACUGUGAUUUCACUGGAUGUGAUAUUCACCAGCACCCUUUAUGAAUUCAGAAGAGUAAGCUCUGAUGAGACUCUGGGCAUUAGAACUAGCAAAGGAAUCCCUCUGUCUAGGUCCCAGUGGGUAGAGUUUGAUUGCCCACCCAUCGGUCAAGAAAUAUACAUCACUGUGUUACUGAAAUCGUUAGAAACACAUUCCAUCAUUGCCUCUAUAGGACCUGUAGAUCUCCUCCACAAAUUUGGAUACAGACUGGUUGUGGCAGCAGAACCUACAUGCAAAACUUUGGUUCAGGUCUUCGUAAUCUCUCCACCAUGCACUUCUAUCAGUGGAAAAAUUGUUGUUUAUAAAGAGGCUCUCAAGCAUCCAAGUCAAAGAACAACUUGGCUGUAUGAAAACAUCCUUCACCCAGGAGACAACAGGACGGAAUUUAACUGCACUUUGUUUGAUGUGGGGAAGAACAAAUACUGCUUUGACCUCCUCAAUUUCUCAAACCGAAGCUACUUUCCAGCAAGAGUUAAGGAGUGUAUGCUGAUCCAAAGGAAUAUGGAAACGUGGAGCCGGUGGCAGCCCUGGAGCCCGUGCAGUGUCACCUGUGGGGACGGCAUCCGGGAGCGCUUCCGAGAGUGCCUCAGCUCCUCACCAGCAAAACCAGGCUGCGCUGGGUCGCCGAGGGAGACUUCCCUGUGCUCGCUGGAGGAGUGCGUGUCUGUCCAGCCUCCCACCCCACCCUCUGUUCAGCCAGGAGAGGACCAGAAAGCAAAUAAUAUAGUUACCAUCACAGGUAUCUCGCUGUGCUUGUUCAUCAUCUUUGCCACUGUUCUUAUCACGCUCUGGAGGAAGCUCUGCAGAGCUCAGAAAUGCAGCACCGCUGUCCGACGAAACUCCGUCCAUUCCCCGGGCUUCCGGAAGAACUCCGAUGAGGAGAACAUCUGCCAAGGCAACAAGCAGCGGGACAGCUUUGCUGAGGGAGGGGAUGCCCCUGUUAACAUUCCCCUGACCUACAGGCGAAGCCUCCAGUUUGCCCAGGAAGAUGAUGCCUCUGGAAGUGAAAACUUUCAGCCAAAUGCCCAAAAAAUUAUCCCUCCAAUUUUCAGCUACCGCCUGGCACAGCAGCAGCUGAAAGAGAUGAAAAAGAAAGGCCUGACAGAGACCACUAAGGUGUACCAUGUCUCUCAGAAUCCUCUCACAGACACGGUUCUUGGUGCCACCACAAUGCUUCCCUUGAGUGGGGAAAAGCAAGAGGAGGCAGCAGCAAACAAAUUUCGGAUCAAAUCUCCAUUUUUGGACCAGCCAGCCAGUCAGCCCAAGUUCCUGGGAGAAGGCUCACACCCUAGGCUGGAUUUUCCAUUCUCACAGGCCAAUCCUGCAAUGAGCCCAACCCAAACCUUAGUAAGAAGAGGUCAUUCCAAGCACCAGGAUAACAGAGUGGACUUGCCUGAGAGGGGCUCUCACAGAAACUCGCAGUUCAGAAGAACAGCCAGUUUCCAUGAAACUAAAAAGGCCAGGCCUUUCAGAGAGAGAAGCAUGUCCACUCUCACACCCCGACACGCCCCUCUCUACAACUCCAGGACCAGGACGUGGGACCAGGGUCUGGAGGACAGGACACGGCCAAAAUCAAGAAGUGCUAAUCCAGCUUGUGAAAAGCUGGAUCAGCCCCACAGCACAGUGCUGGGCUGUGAACCACAGGGCCAGGGCGCAAAGCCCCACCACAGGGCGGGUGCCCCGGUGAGGAAGCUGGACCUGAUCACAGACCGCCAGCCUGCCGGCCAGGAGAAGGCAGCUGAGAAGCCUGAGCCCAGCCGAAGUAAGAGGGGCCCUUCACCUAACCCCAAAGGUGUGUGGCGGAAAGAAACAGGCCCAAGUGGCAAAGAUAAUUCCCAGAGAGGCCUGAGUGUCAGCCCUGCCCAGUAUCGAAGGGACAAGUGCCAGAGCUUCCCCUUGGACCCCGAGUUUGCCUUUUAUGACAAUUCUACUUUUGGCUUAACGGAGGCAGAGCAGCAGAUGAUCGACCUCCCUGGGUAUUUUGGCUCAAAUGAAGAAGAUGAAACAAGUACUCUGAGCAUUGAGAAGCUGGUGAUCUGAGUCACUCAUUGCGGCCCUGCAGGAGUGGCGUGCGUGGGAGAGGAUCUGCAGGAUCGGCUGGCUUCUGGUGGAACAAAGAGCAGGAAUCACGUUACCUCCACACACAGCAGGAAGGGAUAAUGCCCCAGGUCUGGCUUGUGGGAACAUAUUCCUUUCUAAUUACUGAAAAGAGCUUUCAUAUAAUUAUUUUUUGUAUGUAUGUAUGUACAAGGGACACAAAGUACCCUGGGAAAGAAUGUGUGAGUUAAGGUGUGGCGCAGGAAUAGCCAAUAGAUUUUAUUGUGUAAAGCAGUCAUGUUUUGUGCAUCAUACAUGAUGAUGUCCAGUGACAUUUCCCACCUUGUGGACUCUGUACUGGUAGACUGUUGGAUACUGAAGCAUCCACUGUCCAGCACCCUCAACCAUCUGCCCUGAUUAGUGAAUCGUUUCCCAUCUAGAAAGCACAAAGCUCAAGCUGUGAGCAAUUCUCAUCAUUUUUCUGAUAGUCAUCAGUGUUGAUUUGUCAUUGUUGCUCAGAUAACUCAUACGGUGGGGAGUUUUUAGCUGAUUGCAUGAAAGUGCAAACAAUUGUUGCUGAAUUCCUGAGUGAAUUUAAAAUUGAGGAGGCAUUUUCAUCAUUCAAGACUUUGAUAUUUUCUUACUGUCAGUAUUUAUAUCAAGAAAACAAUGUACAGAUAUUUGCAGGAAAUUAGUACAAAAGGCAUGGUGUGGGGAGGGCAAAGGAAAUAAAUGAUCAGAUUUUAGUCCUCACAGAAAUGUUACUGCAUUUACAUUCAAAUGUUACUACAUAUUACCUGUAAAAAGCAGUGAGAGAACUGUUGAAUUAUGCAUUAUUUCCAUAGUCAUCCUUUCCUUUAUUAAAAUUUUUAAGUGUAAAUAUAUUGACAAUAAUACUACUAUGGCAAAGUCAAAAUAAAUUAUGAACAAAACCAGCAAACAAGAUUAU